AGCAGCUCUAAGCAGAGCCCUCUCACGGCGUUAAAAAAGUACACUGCUCCGCCGGAACUGUUGGGGAUUUUUCCAACAAACCUCUUCUCUAUUUCUGACUCCCCUUUAUUUUUUUUCCCCCUCUCCUCUCGAAUUUAGACCUCUUUCUCUUUUCCUACAUUCCUUUCACCCCAUUGCGACCCGAUCUCCUAUCAUAACAUCAUGGCCAGCACAAUAGCACGUUCUGAGGAGCGCCAGAACGCCGGCACCAUCGAGCUUAAAGAUGACACUGCCAUUGUAGUACUUGGUGCGUCGGGAGAUCUUGCGAAGAAGAAGACGUUCCCGGCACUUUUCGGCCUUUACCGUAACAAGUUCCUUCCCAAAGGAAUUAAGAUUGUCGGCUAUGCCCGGACAAAAAUGGACCAAGAAGAAUAUCUGAGACGUGUGCGGUCGUAUAUCAAGACCCCCACUAAGGAAAUUGAAGAGCAGCUGGAUAGCUUCUGCCAACUUUGCUCCUACGUCUCGGGUCAGUACGACAAGGAUGAGUCUUUCCAGGACCUCACAAGGCACCUCGAGGAUGUCGAGAAGGGUCAGAAGGAGCAGAACCGUGUCUUCUACAUGGCUCUUCCCCCCAGCGUCUUUACUACCGUAUCGGAUCAAUUAAAGAGAAACUGUUACCCUAAGAACGGCAUCGCUCGUAUCAUCGUCGAGAAGCCAUUCGGCAAGGACCUUCAGAGUUCUCGUGAUCUCCAGAAGGCGCUCGACCCCAACUGGAAGGAAGAGGAGAUCUUCCGUAUUGACCACUACCUGGGAAAGGAGAUGGUCAAGAACAUCCUUAUCAUGCGCUUCGGCAACGAAUUCUUCAACGCCACCUGGAACCGUCAUCACAUCGAUAAUGUGCAGAUUACAUUUAAGGAGCCCUUCGGCACUGAGGGCCGUGGAGGCUACUUUGACGAGUUCGGUAUCAUUCGUGACGUUAUGCAGAACCACUUGUUGCAGGUGUUGACUUUGCUCGCUAUGGAGCGCCCCAUCUCAUUUUCCGCCGAGGAUAUUCGUGACGAGAAGGUGCGUGUCCUGCGCGCAAUGGACGCGAUCGAGCCCAAGAACGUCAUCAUCGGUCAGUAUGGAAAGUCUUUGGAUGGAAGCAAGCCCGCAUACAAGGAGGACGAGACUGUCCCUCAGGAUUCUCGCUGCCCCACUUUCUGCGCAUUGGUCGCAUACAUCAAGAACGAGCGAUGGGACGGUGUUCCUUUCAUCAUGAAGGCCGGCAAAGCCCUGAACGAGCAGAAGACCGAGAUCCGUAUCCAGUUCCGCGAUGUGACUUCGGGCAUCUUCAAGGACAUUCCUCGCAACGAGCUCGUCAUCCGUGUUCAGCCCAACGAGUCCGUGUACAUUAAGAUGAACUCGAAGCUUCCUGGCCUAUCCAUGCAGACUGUCGUGACCGAGCUUGACCUCACCUACCGCCGUCGCUUCUCCGACCUUAAGAUUCCCGAAGCUUAUGAGUCUUUGAUCCUGGACGCCCUGAAGGGCGAUCACUCAAACUUCGUUCGUGAUGACGAGCUUGACGCCAGCUGGAGGAUUUUCACACCUCUCCUGCACUACCUUGAUGAUAACAAGGAGAUCAUCCCUAUGGAAUACCCCUACGGCUCUCGUGGACCUGCCGUUCUCGACGACUUCACUGCCUCGUUCGGUUACAAGUUCAGCGAUGCUGCUGGUUAUCAAUGGCCCUUGACUUCCACCCCCAACCGUCUGUAGACGGGGAAGGCUUAUGAGGCUAACGAAAGUGUAAAAAGGACAAAAAGGGGGCAAAGAUAUUAAUGCAGCAUGACAGACUUUGUUUUUAUUGUUAUGGUAUGUUUGGGAAUUUCGGUUUGAGUAGGCGGUUUUUUUAAACAAUCGGUGGGCCGGCAAUGACGGAGUAAAUCCAUUUUUACCACCCAACUCUAGAAACGAAUCAAGUGAAUAUUACGAAUAUCACGAAAGAUGCGCAGA